ACACGCCUCUGAAGCGGAGCGACAUCUGAUUGGCUCAUAUGUCUUUGAGUGGAGGCGCAGCAGUUGCGUGAUUUCCGAAAAGCGCUCGAGCUGAAAGCAGACAGACUGGAUCUGACAGCGGCUGUUGCAAAUACAUUAUUUCCUUGUGCGUUCAGUCCCCUAAAGAUCAGAGAUGUCUAAGGGCACAGUGGUCCUGGCAUACAGUGGUGGUUUGGACACUUCCUGUAUCCUGGUGUGGCUCAAGGAACAGGGUUAUGAUGUCAUCGCUUACCUGGCAAACAUUGGACAGGACGAGGACUUUGAUGCUGCCCGGAAGAAAGCAGAGAAACUUGGAGCAAAGAAGGUGUUUAUUGAAGACCUGCGUUGUGAAUUUGUGGAGGAGUUUAUCUGGCCGUCAGUGCAGGCUAAUGCCAUAUAUGAAGACCGUUAUCUGCUGGGCACGUCUAUCGCCCGACCGUGUAUCGCCCGCCGGCAGGUCCAGAUCGCCCAACAGGAAGGAGCUCAGUUUGUUUCACACGGGGCCACAGGAAAGGGCAAUGACCAAAUUCGGUUUGAGCUGACGUGUUAUGCUCUCUACCCUCAAGUGAAGAUCAUCGCUCCAUGGAGGAUUCCGGAAUUUUACAACCGCUUCCGUGGCAGAAAAGACCUGAUGGAGUACGCAGAGAAACAUGGUAUUCCUGUACCGGUCACUCCGAAAGCGCCAUGGAGUAUGGAUGCCAAUCUCAUGCACAUCAGCUAUGAGUCUGGAAUUCUGGAGAAUCCCAAGAAUCAUGCGCCUUCAGAUCUUUACCAGAUGACCAAGAACCCUGAAGAUUCACCUAAUGAACCAGACGUGCUGGAGAUCGAGUUCAUUAAAGGCGUGCCAGUGAAAGUGACUCACGUUAAAGAGGGAAAAUCCAAAAACACACCACUGGAGAUCUUCUCUUACCUCAAUGAGAUCGGUGGAAAACAUGGUGUCGGGAGAAUUGAUAUCGUGGAGAAUCGCUUCAUUGGAAUGAAAUCAAGAGGUAUCUAUGAGACUCCUGGAGGAACCGUCCUGUAUCACGCUCAUCUGGACAUUGAGACCUUCACAAUGGACCGGGAAGUGCGGAAAAUCAAACAGAAUCUCAGCGUCAAGUUCUCUGAGCUCAUUUAUAACGGUUUCUGGUACAGUCCUGAGUGUCAGUUUGUCCGUCACUGUAUUGAUAAGUCGCAGGAGAAUGUGGAAGGCCGCGUGCAGCUGUCUGUGUUCAAAGGUCACGUGUACAUCCUCGGCCGCGAGUCGCCUAAAUCACUUUACAACGAAGAACUUGUCAGUAUGGAUGUUCAAGGCGACUACGACCCAUGUGACGCCUCUGGAUUCAUCAAGAUCAACGCUGUCAGGCUGAGAGAACACAACCGCCUGCAGGGAGCCGCACAGAAGAAGCAAUGAACGAUUUCUACUGAUUCAUGUGUCUCAAAUCAUGAUUUUACACUGAUAGAGCGUCAAAUUAUUCAGAACAAACUAUCUAAACUGUUACAUGUAGCUGUGAUUUAAUUGGCUGUUAUAUCUCAUUAAACAGACUGCUUCUAAUUGUCA